AUGAGCGCCACGGAGGACAAAUUAAAAAGGGCUGCAAUUGAUCACCAGCAAGUUCUGACCCAAAACACCUUGCACUGUGUUGCGCGGACGUCGACCCCUCCGAGCAAGUAUGUUAUGCAAAAGAGGCGGGAAGAGGAAUCUUCAGAUCGCGAAGCUGCUCGCUACCGGCAACAGCCAGUUCCGCUAGCUUCACCAGCAAGUACGAACGAAGUUUUGCGUGUUGAACGUUCUCUGACAACGCCCCGAAGCUCUCUAGUUUCCGCAGAUGUGAAUAUGAAGUUUGAGCACAGACUGCGCGAGUCUGUGCGUCUUCGCCGGGAAGUGAAUCAACGCAGCCUGCCUGUGACGAGGAAACGACAAUUGCCGCGCCUGGUAACACCAGCGCGUUGCAAGACUCACUGGGACUGCUUACUAGAGGAGAUGAAAUGGAUGGCGACAGAUUUUACGCAGGAACGUAACUGGAAGCGAGUGCUGCAAUAUCGGCUUGCGGCUGACGUGAUGGUUGCGCAAAAUUUAGGCAGCGUACGUCAAGAACUAGAGAAUCGUCAGAUGGCACGUGAUGUUGCUUUACAGGUAUCGGCAUUCUGGCGCACGAUGGAACGGAUUGCUGCAAGGUCACGAGUGCGUCUUGAAGCUGCAGGCGAUCGUUCAGCUCGUGGUGAUUUGGAUGAUGCUGCCACAGGUGAGCACGCCACAGUUCAGGAAGAUCAUCGCAAACACGACGAUCUUGAAGUGGUUGGUGUGGGUGAUGAUACUUUACCCUUGAAGUACCAUACCAUCGAUAUCGCAACUCGCGGCGAGGUCGAUGUAAGGAGUGAUGGAAAAGAGGCGGUGCAAGCAGAAGCAGUGCUAGCAACUGCUAAAGCACACAUGAAUUAUAUCGUGAGUGCAGGAAAGCGAGCGCGCAGCGCCAUGACAUCUUUGUCAACCGGAUGUGCGAACACAAAUAGGUCUACAGCACGGUCUCUACGUGAGGUGGCAUUUCGAGAUUUGCAGGCACGGUGUACUGCAUCGCAGGUGAAAGGAGGGUCCACCAUUAUUCUAGCCGCUUUCCAGCUUCUGGCAUUGAGGUGGAUGUUGGACUUAUAUUCUAGCGGUCUUAACAUGUUUUUGAAUGACCAGCUCGGUAUGGGCAAGGCAGCCACAAUCGUUGCCUUUCUUUAG